AUGUGUUGGACAAACGAGGUUAUAGAGAAACUUCAUUGUCGCCUGAGAACUGAAAUCAAUGACUCUGCAAUAUUAUUAGUUAUGACAUUGUACCGAUUACCAACAAAAUUUGCCUGUGACCAGUGGAUGGACCAGCACAUUCCAAAUAAGAUGCAACUACUAGCCGAAUGGUCCAAAUCUCAUCAUUUGCUGGAAUUUCGAUACGCGAUAUACGAGUGCUGUACUUUUGAAAAUGAAUAUGACGUUUCGACUGCUAUACCUAACAAUGAGAUUUUUCUCGAUAUGCCAUAUGCAGGCAAUGUGGCAAUCGAUUCAAAUUCUGAACUCAUCUGCAUUCAUGAUUCUGCAAAACCUCUGGUAUUUGCUGGUGAUGUAGCCAAGGUUCUAAAGGAUGGUUGGCUUAUUGGGGCAGCUGUCCUAGGUGUUCCUGCCAAAGCUACAAUCAAAGAGGCAGAUAGUGAAUCUUUUGUAGUGAAAACUCUUAACAGUAAAAUGCUCUGGGAAAUGCAAACCCCUCUGGUUAUCAAGCCCGACUUGCUCAAGAAAGGCUUUGAACUUGUUAACAGACGAUUCUUCAUUCUCGGUGGAUAAUUCUUCUUUAUAUUAUGUAUAAGUUGACAGCAUGUUAAAUAUCCUGUAUAUAUUACUGAAGGAUCCUAUACCAACAUCAAGGUUACAACCCCUGAUGAUUUGUUACUUGCCGAAAGAAUGUUGAAUCCUGUCUCUGCAGUUUCAGCCCAUUAA